CGCCGGUUUGUCUGUAAGAAUUGGACGUGAUUUGGAGCCUCUAGGAUUAUACUAUGUCUUCCAAGGAAAACUCACGAGAAAGACCGAGUGACAACUCGCAGCAAGAUGGCGACUCAGAGGAGAAGGGUGAAGAGGAAAAACCUAAGCCGGUCGGAAUCUUUUCACCAGAACUCAAGGAUGUGAAGAAAGAGAUUGUGAAGAAGUGGUGUUUGACUACUGUUACACUGAUGGCUGCAAUUAUGGCGGUGCUGUCUCUUUACUGGGCAUCAUUAUUCCACGUAGAGGCGAACUUGUCUGCAUUAGUUGUCUAUGUUGUAGACUUCGAUGGCCAGACUGCUCCAUACAACACGUCUGGUAUCGAGCCAAUUGUGGGACCUAUCGUACAAGGACUUGCUCGCACUCAAGUCGCAUCAGGCACACCCACUCUUGGAUGGGGUCCUCUACCUGGAUCUGCUUUCAACUAUGAUCCGCUUGCUGUACGACAAGCAGUAUACGACUGGGAUGCCUGGGCUGCUAUCAUCAUCAUGCCUAACGCAACCCAACAACUUUACAACGCGGUCCAGAAUGGCAACACAAGUUACGAUCCUAUGGGUGCAUGUCAACUUAUCUAUCAAUCCGCACGCGACGACACCUCGUGGUAUGACUUCAUGCUGCCCUUGAUCUCGCAGUUCCAGACCGAAGCAACUUCUAUGGUUGGCCAGCAAUGGGCUAGGAUGGUUCUCCAGAAUGCCACCACUGAUCAGACCCUCGCACGCAACAUUGCCAACGUACCUCAGGCUGUCUCUCCAGCAAUUGGGUUCUCCGAGUACGAUCUCAGGCCUUUCUACCCUUAUACUGCAAUUCCGGCUACGACGAUUGGUCUGAUUUACCUCAUCAUUCUGAGUUUCUUCUCCUUCGCUUUCUAUUUGCCUAUCUGGUUCAAGUUCCUCAUGCCAAAGGGACACCCGCCUCUCAGAUUCGUCGAGUUCAUUGCUAUUCGUUGGGGUGGCACUGUGCUUGCCUACCUUUUCCUCUCAUUGGCCUACUCCUUGGUUUCACUGGCAUUUCAAAUCAACUUCUCCGGAGGCAACCCGAUCACAUCGACAACUCAAGUCACAGAGAUUGAGUACGGCAAUCCGGAUGCUUACGGACACGGAACUUUCCCGGUAUACUGGAUGCUGAACUUUGUCGGCAUGUGCGCUCUCGGUCUUGCUAGUGAGAACGUGGCCAUGGUAGUUGGACAACCAUGGACAGGUCUAUGGCUCAUCUUCUGGGUCAUCACUAACGUCACCACUUCGUUCUAUGAUAUCGACAUUGAGCCCGCAUUCUUCCGAUGGGGUUAUGCAUGGCCAUUACACAACGUCGUCGAGGGAAGCAGGCAAAUUCUUUUCGGUUUGCAUUCUCGUAUUGGACUCAACUUUGGCAUCUUGUUCGCUUGGGCAGCUGUCAAUUCGGCUGUGUUCCCUCUUGCAUGUUGGUUCCUCAUGUACAAGCGCAAGCAUGAGAUCCAUGAAUACUGGGCUUAAUUGGAUCGUCAAGCCAAUUACUCAACGAUCCUGGAUCCUCUAAUUCACACUAACGAAACAAUCAUUAACUCUUAGAAGCCUACACUUAAGUAACGAUAUACACUUUGUAACAAAUUCACUCUCAC